UUCCGGCCAGAGCAGGCAGCGCGUCUUUGGCUCGUGAAGAGGCGGCGCCGUUGGCGGGAAGCGGAGAGACCCGGAGGAAGCGGAGAGGCGAGACAGGAGGCCGCCACCAUGACGGUGGGCAAGAGCAGCAAGAUGCUGCAGCACAUCGACUACCGCAUGCGCUGCAUCCUGCAGGACGGGCGCGUCUUCAUCGGCACCUUCAAGGCCUUCGACAAGCACAUGAACCUCAUCCUCUGCGACUGCGACGAGUUCCGCAAGAUCAAACCCAAGAACUCCAAGCAGCCGGAACGGGAGGAGAAGCGAGUCCUGGGCCUGGUGUUGCUGCGAGGAGAGAACCUGGUUUCCAUGACAGUUGAGGGGCCGCCCCCAAAAGAUACUGGCAUUGCCCGUGUGCCCCUGGCAGGAGCAGCAGGGGGGCCUGGCGUCGGCAGAGCUGCCGGGAGAGGCGUGCCAGCCGGAGCUCCCAUGCCCCAGGCGCCUGCGGGCUUGGCCGGCCCUGUGCGCGGAGUUGGUGGACCGUCCCAGCAGGUGAUGACCCCUCAGAGUCGGGGGACUGUCGCUGCAGCAGCGGCGGCUGCAACUGCCAGCAUCGCAGGAGCCCCUACUCAGUACGCACCAGGCCGCGGAGGCCCCCCUCCACCUAUGGGCAGGGGCACUCCGCCCCCAGGAAUGAUGGGACCGCCUCCUGGCAUGAGGCCCCCCAUGGGGCCCCCCAUGGGCAUGCCGCCCGGCCGAGGCUCACCAAUGGGCAUGCCGCCGCCUGGCAUGAGGCCGCCUCCCCCUGGCAUGAGAGGCCCCCCUCCCCCUGGCAUGCGCCCACCCAGGCCCUGAGACGAGCACGGAAGGAGCGGAAUUCGGGGGAGCCGGAGUUCUGUGCCUGCCUUGUUCACCACCAGACGGGGGACAGGUUGUGCGUAUGGGUGUGCGUGUUUUCUUUUCAUUUUUUUUUACUGUCAUGUUGGCCUUUUUAAUAAAAGUUGGGACGUUU